CACUUGCAUAUAAAAUUAUUGUUUACCAAGUUUUUUUUUUUGCAAAUGAAUUCGGCUGGAGACGAACUGCAUCCAAACUGGUUGGCACUAACCACAUUACCGCUUCAACUAAAACGUUUCGUCCGCGCCGGCCACGUAGAAUCUGCUCCGCAACAGAUAAGCGAGACCAGACACAAAAUAAAUGGUCUGGACGGAGCUGAAGCUCAGAAUUUCUACAAAGAAGUGUUGGAGACACCAGCCACUCGUCAAGCCGUCAGACGUACACUUAAGAAGUCCAAUGAAUCCGGGAGGAAACCUCAGCUGCCGUUCGACAAGAGCAAGUUCUUUCGUCUUGCCGUCAGCAAUAAGGUGGAGGAGAUGUCUCAAAUGCUCAUCACAGACUUGGAGCUGAACGCCUGCGACGGCUAUGGCUGGACGGCACUUAUGAUGGCUGCAUGUGAGGGUGCAAAGGAUGCAGUGGCAUGGCUUCUAUAUAAUGGGGCGCAGGCAGAUGUCCGAGACAAGUCUGGGAACACGGCUCUCGCACUGGCCAAGCUGAAAGGACAUACAGAAGUAGUACAAAUUCUUGAAACCUCAUCGGGCGCAAAGGAAGCUGAUAUACAGGAAGAAAUGGAAGACUUGACAACGCCCUUUCAUUGUCGUGUCUGUAAACGAAACUUCCAGGAAACACCGUGGAAUAUUCACCAAACAUCCACUGUGCACCAGUUCAAUAUGAAAGCGUUUCCGCCCCACAAGCUAGCAAAGUUUAAUAUAUCUGCGAAAAAUCGUGGGCUCCAGCUUAUGGUCAAACAGGGCUGGGACCGCGAGCACGGUCUGGGACCUACCCAAAGUGGACGAUUGUAUCCGGUGAAGACUGUGCUACGAAAGCAAAGAACCGGCCUCGGGAUUGAGCAGCCACCCGCAAAGGUAACACAUUUCAAGGCAUUUGAUACGAAAGCAACAAUGCGAAGGGAUCCAGUGCUUCAGCAGCGACGUACUCGUCAAGAUAUGCAGCGUGAAAAAGUGCGAGACUGGAAGCGUAAUCGACGCCUUCGCAAUGAAUUAAAUUAAGUUGAAAUACCAUUCUGGAUUCUGAAAUACAAUAGUUUAAAGUCUUUUAAAUGU